UUUUUUUUUUUUUGUUUCUAAGGUGAUUCCUGUAUCUGGACGCAUUGUCUUACCGAUUCUUCUUUGAUUUGUCGCUUUGUUUUCAUAAAUAUAGCAAUAUUUAGUCGUUGCACCAGUAGUGGUGUUCAUUUGAUGAGUUGGGUGUCCUGUUCGUGCGACGAAUCUUUCCGUCUACCCCCGAUCUGAUCUGGGAGUGGACAGUUUUUGGAGUUGGGUUUAUUGUUUUUCCCUUUGUUUGGGAUUUGGUGAAGAUUUCUUGGCGGCAAUGGACGCUUCCGGUGAAGAACUUUCAGAUUUGGAGGUUGAGAAUGAAGCGAAUCAUUGCGGGUUUGAGGAAGAACCUGAAACUAUUGCUAUAAUGGAUGCCGUGAAAGUUUUGUUGCAGGGUUUAGGGGAAGAUAUCAACAGAGAGGGUAUCAGAAAGACCCCUUUCCGUGUGGCCAAGGCUCUUAGAGAAGGAACAAGAGGCUACCGACAAACAGCGAAGGACAUCAUUCAAAGUGCUUUGUUUCCUGAAGCUGGACUACAUAAUGGUGUUGGUCAGGCUGGAGGUGCAGGUGGGAUUGUGAUUGUUCGAGAUCUUGACUUCUUCUCGUACUGCGAGUCAUGCUUGCUUCCAUUUCAAGUGAAAUGUCAUGUGGGUUACGUUCCAUCUGGUCAGCGAGUCGUAGGGCUGAGCAAGCUCUCUCGAGUAUCAGACGUGUUUGCGAAGCGACUUCAAAAGCCUCAACGUCUGGCUGAUCAAAUUUGUUCAGCUCUACACCAUGCUAUCAAGCCAGGAGGUGUUGCUGUUGUACUUAAUUGUAUGCACAUCCAUUUUCCCAGCUUGGAGUCAGUCUUUCUCGAUUCGAAAUCCUCGGGAUGGAUCAAGUUGCAUGUUCAAUCUGGUUCGGGAGCUUUUGAAAGCCAAGAUGCUGAUGCCUGGAUGGACUUCUUCAGCCUUUUAAAACUUAGAGGCUCAGAUCUGAGAAAAGCUUGUGCAUCAAAUGCUCAAGUUUGGUGCCCAUCUCAUUUUCCUUGUGCUUCUAAAUUCUCGACCAAAAUUGAAUCGAUUAACCCGAGAAUGACCUCUGCUGUGACAUCGAUUUUGAAGUCAUUAGGUGAAGACCCAUCAAGAAAAGAGCUUCUUGGAACACCUGGUCACUUUGUGAACUGGCUAAUGAACUUCCAAAACUGUAAUGUUGAUAUGAAGACGGAUAUGAAAAAGCUCAAUGGCUUUGCUAAUGGUAGAACUCAUCUUGAACACGAGAACGGUAACCUCUCCGACAAACAGAUUCAAUCAGAGAUGAAUUUCUUGUUCUGGUCUCAAUGUGAGCACCAUUUACUCCCCUUUUACGGCGUCGUGCACAUAGGAUUCUUACGAGCUGAUGCGCUCGCUCCCUUUGAGAAAUCACUUCUAAACUCGGUAAUACUUUUUUAUGGUUUGAAGCUUCAAGUUCAGGAGAGAAUGACCAGACAGAUAGCAGAGACAGUUUCAUCAUUAGUAGGAGCAGACGUGAUAGUCGUUGUCGAGGCAAGUCAUACCUGUAUGAUCUCAAGAGGAAUCGAGAAGUUCGGUAGCACGACAGCUACAAUCGCUACACUCGGUUGGUUUUCAUCCGACGUAGCUGCAAGAGCCAUGUUCUUGCAGAGCAUUCCAAAAACUACCAUUGGUGAACUGUAAGUUCAAGCUUAUGACUAUCCUCUUUUCAUUUUUCGGGAGGUUUUUACUCGAUGCCGUUGCACCGAUAUUGGCACGGUUUCUUCCCGAUACCUUUUUGCAAUAAACUCUUGGGUCGUGCUGAAAGCAUUUAGAAGUAAUACUCAAAUUGAUUAGUAGCAGCAUACACAUUUGGUUGGAAGGAAGAUAUUUAUUCUGUGGGUCAUCAUCCCAUUCAUAGCCUAUUGUAGUUGUUUUACAAAGGAAUCCAAAAGGGAUACCAUUUAUACUCUGUUUUGUGGGUUAGGAGGCCAGGAGUGAUAGCAUUUUACCAGUUUCCAUGGCCAAUUUUGGUGCAAUUUCUUAUCUAAGAUGUAUCUCAAUAAAACCUAUAUGUAUUCCAAACCACAAUUU